AUGAACAAUGCCGAUAGGAUCGUAGAGGCUCAACAAAGGUUGGCGGAACUAAGGCAACAAGAGGAUCGCGACAUAGCAGCAUUUAAUCCGGGGCGUCAACAACAACGAGAGGUCGAGAAUCUGGUGGUACGAAUGGAAUUGCAGCAACUUCUUGAAAUGAUUGAAGAUCUCGACUACGUGAUUUCUCUAGAAGAGAGAAGAAGAGAGCUGGAGAGAAGACAGGUCGAAGGUAAUAAUGGACAAAAUGUGGCAGGGCCGAGAAAUGAAGAUCUCAUGGAGAGACUGGAUUUUCUGAGAAAUGAGCUUGAUGCAAGACAAGAAGAAUUCCAUGCUAUAGGCGGUCCACUUCGAGGUAUACCUCCUCCUCCUCAUCCACACGAUUUUGGACUUUUGAGAGGAGAUGAAGAUCUGGAUGAGAUGUUUCAAAUCAUAAUGCGCAAUGCGGGAAUGCGACAAGAAGAACGUGAAGCCAGGGAACUAGUGAUGCAGCUUAGAAUCGAUGAACUUCGACGGCAGCUUGAUGAGGAGAAUCGAGAAAGAGAAGCCAAUGAGCAGCCACCACCGAAUCCGCCGCAGGAAUAA